UCUGGUUUCAGCGCAGCCUCGCUGUUUUGAAGCUCGGAUGAGGAAGAGAGAGAGACGCUGCUCGUUCUGCGGGUUUAUUCUCUGUUUUUCCUGCGUUCGGUGCCGGAUUUUAUACGCAGUUUAAUAUAUAAUAACUGGGAGAAUAAUGCAGUGAAGAGUGUUAGUUAUUACACCGCGCUGGAUCGUCGAAAUCCGCUGUGUUUAUAAAGAAUAGAGUUGAGUCAGCCCCGCGGUCCGUCUGUCCGAGUCCCGGGAGCCGCUGUGAACUCGGUGAAUCGGUUCCUCGGAUCUGAGAGGACUGUUCUGCUGGUGAUCUGUGUUUUACACUGGUGAUUAGUGGUGAUCAGUGAUGGGAGCGCACAGGAGCGAGGGCCGCAGAGACUGGCUGCAGCAGGACGUCGCUGAGCAGCAGGUUCAGUCUGUGAACCCGUGGAACAUCAUGAUCAAGCACAGGCAGGUUCACCGCAGGGGUAGACGCUCACAGAUGACUGUGAGUUACACUGAUCCUGUCAUCUCCAUGGAUCUCUUGCGGAGAGUUCUGCAGCCCAGCUUCAACGAGGACAUUUUGGCCGUCUUCAGAAAAUAUAUGAAGUUUUUUGAAAAGGCAGCGAGCAACGUGAAGGAGAAUGUGGGGGAGGAUGUGCAGACGGAUCAGCUUAUCAAAGAGGCCUGUCGGAACUGCUUGGAAAAUGCAAAACAGCUCUUUCCUGAAACAGAGAAAACUGUCCAAAGACCAGUUUUCGAUCCAGCAGUGAAGCGCUCACGGCAGAUUGAGGAUGAGUCCAGUCAGAGAGGCAGCCCCAUCCCAAAAAAGAGGAAGGGUCGUCCCCCUGGGCAAGUUAUAUCUUAUGACAGAUCUAUAACAUACAGCGCUCCGGUGAAGCCUAAAACAACGGAGCCCAUAAAGCGAGAAGGACCAAAGUGGGAUCCCGCCAGGUUGAGUGACGGCAGCACAUUUGUUUUAGGAUCCAGAGCGAAUAAGGCUUUAGGAAUGGGUGGCACCAGAGGAAGGAUCUAUAUUAAACAUGCAGACCUCUUUAAGUAUGCUGCUGAUGCUCAGGACAAACACUGGCUUGCAGAGCGACAGCAUAUGAGAGCCACAGGUGGAAAGAUGGCGUAUCUUCUUAUUGAAGAGGACAUCAAAGAGCUUGCAUCAAGUGAUGAAUACAAAGACUGCCCUGAGUUAAAGCUGGAGGAACUGAAGCCGUUUGCUGUGCCUCCGUGGAUGUUGGAGAAGAUGCAAAAGGCAAUGGAGGCUCAGAGAUCUGAGAAGGAUGUUUAAGAGACAUAUUUCUUACUGUCAUAAAACAGAUAAUGAACCUUCUAAACCCCAAUAAACAUGACUGGACCACACAUAGUUUGGUAUCCCAGAGAACCACAACAUAGAUUGCAUUAUUUUUAGUUUUCGUUCUUGUUGUUGACUUGCCUUAUAGUCAAGCUUAGAAAUUAGUUGUUUACCUUCAUGCUGGAGAAGUGCAAACCAACAUAUUUUUACUGAUUUUAUUUUGAUAAACCAGUAUUUAUAGAGAUUGUUAGGCUCUGCUUUGUCUUUUUAUUAUUUUCUUUUUUUUUUAAUCGGCAGAAUGAGUUUUUCUUAUGUAAUUUUCUUUUUCUUUUUUUAAUUCAGAAAUUAUCUUGUGAUUUGGUUUUUACUUGAACUGCUUGUCUUUGUUCUGGCUGACAUUUAUUUUAUGUUACAUAUGUAAAAAAAAAAAUUGAGUUUUAUUAAAAAUAAUUUUUCUUCAUGUGUAAUUCAAAGAAAUAUUCUAGCCUCGCCUAUAUUUUAGGAAACUGCAUGCGGUUCACAUGUCUUUUUUAAUGCAUUGUUUUACAGUAGGCAAAAUAUAAACUACUGUAUCUUAUUGUUACUUAUUUUGUCUAAAAAAUAAAAAAGAGAAAUAAAUAAAGCUGUUACAGUUAUCAUGAAAAUAACAUGUAUUUUAUUAGUUUCUCACCAAGAAAUAAACCUGCAUUGAAAA